CAAUGCUGCAUGCGUCCUCCUCGGCUGACACGUGGACGCGGAAUUCCAACACUUAAAUGACGCCGUUUUGGCGCAUGUUGAAACUAUUUAUUUAUGUGCGGCGGACGCUAUAGUCCUCUCGGAGUUUUUUAGAUCGAUCAUGCACGCUGCCAGAAUAGAAGGCAAGGCCAGCGAGUUCCGCGCCGCCUCUCAGGCGGAGCAGCAUUUAUGGGAGAGGAAAGUGAAGGAGUUAAUCGCCGACAAGCGGCGACUGGUGGAGGUGCCGUACACGGCGUCGCUCGCCGACACAAUGAACGCUCUCCAGGCAAACCGCGUCGUGGCUGUUCCGGUGGCGGCGCCGCCGGGGCACUGGAUCGGCGCGGGAGGGUCGAUGAUUUUGGAAUCGGACAAGCAGACGGGAGCAGCGCGGAAGCACUACAUAGGGAUGGUGACAAUGCUGGACGUGGUUGCGCACAUCGCCGGCGAUUCGUCCGGAGAUGAUCUGGACCGUCGGAUGCAGGUCCCCGUAUCUUCGAUCAUCGGACGGUGCCUGGAGAGCCUCAGCUUGUGGACACUCAACUCCAACACAGGCAUCCUAGAUUGUAUGGAAGCUUUCAGCAAAGGAAUACACCGAGCUUUAGUUCCGGUCGACAGUCAUCUCCUCGAAAGUAUAGCCGGAGUCGAACUGGUCGAAUCGGCGUCGAGCUACAGAAUGCUCACGCAGAUGGAUCUCGUCACCUACUUGAAGGCGCACGAGAAUGAGCUCACAGGCAUCCUCGGACGUCCGGUCCGAGAACUCGGAGCGGUCAGCGACAUCAUUUUCAGCAUCACUGAUCAGACAUCAGUGAUCGACGCCAUCCGGUGCAUGAACAGCGCUUCACUUACUGCUGUUCCCGUCGUCGAAUCUACUCCGGAGGAGGAGGAGGAGGAGGAGGAGGAGGACGACGAGGAGGAGGAGGACGAUGAUGACGAUGAUGAUGAUGAUGAUGGGGAGGAUCAAGGAGAGCUUAUGAAUGGAAAAGGUAGGAAGCCUGUGGGAACUUUUUCGGCGACAGAUCUUCGAGGAUGUCCAAUUUCCGUACUACGGUCUUGCCCACAGAUGAAGGUUCUUGAUUUCAUUGUCAAACUUGGUGAGAUCCCAUUGCAGGAAGGUCGGAACCUGACAAAGGAACUGGUCACGUGCCGGCCGGAAUCCCUCCUCGGGGAAGUAGUGGAUAAAGUUGUCAACAACCAUGUUCAUCGAGCUUGGGUCGUCGAUGAGUCCGGGUUUCUUGACGGCGUGGUUUCACUGACGGAUAUAAUCCGGGCGAUUCGGGUUUGGAUGAUUUCUCAGACAGCCGGAGCCUGAGAUGGCCCGUUCUCCGGGCUUGUUGGGAUCGGACAAUGUUGUAACAAUCUUAGGAACUACUAAUAAUGUAAACGUUGUUGCAAUCGAAAUUUGUUUUGUA